AUGUCCCUAGGAGCAGAGCUGGCACACGGUAAGGGCAGAGAUGAGGAACUGAUUGAGACAGUCCAUCCUGCCCCUAAUCAAACUCAUACGCAACAUAGCGAGACAAAGAAAGAUGACGCCCUUCAGCUCAUUGAGCAAGUGGGCCACUCGACAGUCCUUACCGCAGAGAAUAACGCACGAGUUCUGCGACAGAUCGACUUGAGGCUAUUGCCUAUCCUCUUGGGCAUCUAUUUCCUGCAACAGCUCGACAAGUCGACCCUCUCGUAUGCCUCAGUUUUCGGUUUGAUCGAGAAAGCCAAUCUCCAUGGCAAGCAAUACUCUUGGUUAGGCUCGGUGGUCUAUGUCGCGCAGCUUGUUGCUCAGCCCCUUAUCGCCUACAUCUUGGUGAAGGUCCCCCUGGGGAAGUUCUUAGCCGCCACCACUCUUUUGUGGGGUGUCUCGUUGACAUGCAUGACGGCGGCGAACACCUUCCCAGGCUUGCUGGUCUGUCGGAUGUUCCUUGGUCUGUUUGAGGCCGGAGUUGCUCCCGCUUUCAUCGCCGUUACACAGAUGUGGUAUCGUCGGCUCGAGCAGCCUGUUCGACUGGGCUCAUGGUACGCCAUGAAUGGUGUGGUGUUUAUGUUCGGCAGUCUUAUAACUUGGGGCCUUGGACAUAUCGCCUCUUCGGUCUUCGAACCCUACCAGAUUAUCUUCCUAUUUUUCGGCCUCAUCACCGUCGUGUUCUCCGUGGUAGUUCUGCUUUAUAUGCCAGACUCGCCCAUUCGUGCUAGAUUUCUCAAUGAGGAAGACAAACUGAUCGCUAUUGAAAGACUUCGCAUGAACCAGCAAGGAAUCGAGACUCACCACUGGAACUGGGACCAUGUGAAAGAGACCUGCUUGGAUCUGAAGUCAUGGGUUUGGUUUGCUCUGAUGUUUUCCAUCUCGAUCCCUAGCGGCGGCAUAUCCACCUUCGGCCCUCUUAUUAUCAAGGCCUUUGGAUUUGAUCAGUUCAAGACGAUUCUUUUCAACAUUCCGUUCGGUGCAGUACAGCUCGUGGCCACUAUGGGUGGAGCGUGGCUGGCAACCUUCAUCAAAAUGAAGGGGCCUAUAGUCAUUCUCUUGUGUCUACCGCCAAUUGCUGGCUGCGUAAUGCUACUGCAAAUUGCGCACGAUGCGGAACAUCGGGGCGUUCUGCUUGCUGGAUAUUACAUUCUUUCCGUCUACCCUGGCAUCACACCUAUGGUCUAUUCCUGGUCUGCUGCGAACACUGCCGGUGAAACGAAGAAGAAAGUGACGACUGGCCUGUUGAUUGUCGGACAAUGCGUCGGCAACAUCAUUGGUCCCACUCUCUACACAACCGCCGAAGCGCCACUUUACAGACGUGGUCUGCUCUCCAACCUCGCCAUGUUCUGCGUACUUGUUCUUCUCUGCAUCAUCAACCUGGUGUAUCUCUGGUUUCUCAACAAGAAGCACUCCCAGAAGCGAGUUUCAAUGGGCAAGAAUGCGGCAAUCAUUGAUCACUCGAUGUACGCUGUUGGUGAUGGUCCAGUAGACAAGGAGGGUGUGCCUAUCCAGCAGUCUGCUACGGAAGACAAUGCGUUCAAAGACCUUACGGAUUGGCAAAACGAGGACUUUGUCUAUGUAUUCUGA